AUCAAAAAGCAAAUAUAUGACAAGAUAAUUACCAAGAGGAAGAAAAAUCAUUUGAAGUGGCUUAGAUGUGUGUGGAGCACAGCUCAAGAUCAAAACAUCCGUACCGAAGUUUUUUUCGGAUGAAAUGAAGCUAUCUAAUGAGUUCCAAGUGAUAAUAUUCCGUGGAGCUCGCAUCAUAAGAACUCAUUACGAAUUAGCAUCCAUGCAGGCAUUCCGAAUUCCGAAUUGAUGGGAUAAAGUUUAUUAAAGCGAAGAAAAAAGAGAUGAUUCCACUGGAUGGGAGACAAAAAGAGAUGGAUGGUUCGUUCCCCCAAUCCCUCCCUAAGACUACAAGCUGAGAUGAUUCCUCUCAGCUAUUUUGAUUCUUCCCCACCCCCUCGCACACAUCAAACUCGUAUACUUCAUCUUGUGGCUCUCGAUCGAACUAGCGACACCUUAUUCUAACUUCCUUUUCCAAGUAUUAUUCGCCACCUUGGCUCCAUCCCAUCACCCCCACAAACCUCUUGCUUAUAAGAAGCACCCUCGGCUGCUGCUUUUCCGCUCAUAUUAAUUAAGCCUCCACAACUCCCUCUCCUUCUUCCCCCUCUCUUCGGCCCAUAAAAAAAAAAAGCCUCCGUCGCCCUUUCCAAGUUUAAGGACUACUCUGCUUCUCUCCCUUUUUUUGCGACCCCCCUGGUUGGUAUCGAAGAUGGCAUCAGGAUCGCUCCCUUGCAGCUCGGGCUCGUCAUGGACCCCAAAGCAGAACAAGCUCUUCGAGCGAGCCCUGGCGGUGUACGACAAGGACACGCCGGACCGCUGGCAGAACGUUGCGCGAGCGGUCGGGGGGAAGUCCGCCGAGGAGGUGAAGCGACACUACGAGCUGCUCGUUGAGGACCUCAAGCACAUCGAGUCAGGCCAGGUGCCAUUCCCCAACUACACUAUUACGUCCUCCGGCAGCGAUGAGGAGCAGAGGCUAAGCUACCUCAAGCUUAACUGAAACAGAGACUAGAAGGAAGCAUCCAAGCGUAUCAAGUAACAGGGCCGUUUGAAAACAGGUUUGAGCCAAGAACCAUGACGCAUAUAACUGAUAGCAAGCAACUCCUUUAGUCUUGUUUCAAUCUAUAUGUUUCUUCUCUUCAAGAUAUCCAUCCUUAUGCGUAUGCUUAUGCAAAGGCUGUGAUGAAUAGGUGGGCUGGUCUUCUUAUUAGAUGUCCUCGUUUCUUAAUGGAAGUUUGUUUAAAUGUAAUUCUAUCUACCCUCCUAUGGCAUGAAAAACCUGCAUGGAUUAUCCUUUUUUUUUCCCUUUUUCUUUUGAAGGGGAGGGAGGGCUACAAGAGCCACCACAUAGAUUAUCUUUAUUUUCUCUUAUAUCUCAUUCCAUGACUAUUUUUUUUCAGAGAAAAAUAUA